AUGAACGCCGAUACAACCAUCUCGUCCGGCGCCUUACAAGCUGUUUUAUUGAAAAGUGCUGCAGAGGAAGCUGUAUGGGACGCUCUUCAGACGCUCUUCCACUCCGAGUACCUUCUUCUGGGCGAGUACAUUGAGUGCGCUCUUCCUGCACUUUACUCGGGAUAUCUCGCCAUACUUUACCACCUACCCGUCGCUGCGUAUUAUCCACAAACGGCAUUCACGACUCCCCAUAAAUUGCAGAGUGCGGUGGCCAGUAUUUUAUUGUUUGCAGCGGUAUCGUUUAUCGCGCUAUUGUUUAUACUCCGCAAGAAAUUCGGCAUCUCACCAUUGUACCAGCUAGCGUUUGUGCUGGAGACGCAAGUCCGCAUUGUGCAAGGCCAGUUAUUCAUAUGGACGAUCUUCAUUUUACAUUUGCCGUUAGCGCACUACGGUAAGUACAAUGAUUCCCUACCGUGCUGCCACCCAUGGUAG